AUGCACUGCAGCGCCUGUAACAAGAAGAGCAUAAGCCGCCGAAGACGCCCCCGCCAAGAAUGGGUUCGGUUGAUCCUUCGUUUGCGAGAAAACCUCGGCGAGUACCACCACCUCGUCCGCGAUAUGCGGCUGGACGAUGGACGAGAUUUCUUUAUGUACUUCAGGAUGACGCGGCAAAGGUUUGAACACUUGCUGUCCCUGGUUGGGCCACUGCUGCUGAAAAAAGUCACCUUCUGGAGAACGCCGAUCGCUCCAGCGGAGAGGCUGUCCUUGACAAUCAGGUACCUGGCUCACGGAGCCUCUCAGGCAAUAUGCUCGACCAGUUACCGAAUCGGCCGGUCGACGACCUCCGGGAUAAUCAGGGACACGUGCAUGGCCCUCUACAAGGUGCUAGACUCACUCUACCGCCUUGUCCCCAACACUGCCCAGUGGGAGCGGCUCGCAGCGGAGUUCGGCAGGCUGUGGAACUUCCCGAACUGUGUCGGAGCCCUGGAUGGCAAGCACGUGGCCGUCCAAGCUCCGCCUGGUAAAGGCUCCGACACAUUCAACUACAAGGGGUUCCACAGCAUUGUCCUCCUCGCAAGCUGCGACGCCAGCUACAAGUUCAAGCUAUCCAGAGCCAGGAGGAUAAUUGAGUACACUUUCGGCAUCCUGGUGGCACGUUGGCGCAUUUUCAGACAAACAUUCCAGGCGUCUGAGGAGACUCUGGAGGCCAUUGUCUGGGCGUACGUCAACCUGCAUAACUACCUGAGGGUGUGUGACGAGAGCGAGCAGGGGGAGCGUCGCUACUGCCCCGUCGGUUACGCAGACCAGGAAGCUGCAUCUGGCGCCGUAACCGGCGGUCAGUGGAGGAGUGAUGCUGCUGGCAGUACUGCGCUGUCAGAUGGCGAGGUACCAUGGCAGUACAAUGUAGUGUUCAAAGGUUCUGCUCCUGAAAGCUGA